UAUUGGCUGUGCUAAUCGACUUCCUACGAUCCAGCCACCAUCCUCACUCAACCUCGGGCUUACUACAGCAGAUCGCAUCGAACCCGCGACCUACCUCAUCCCAUCUACGGUCCAGCCACGACAAAUAGCCGCAUGUACUACUCUCGCCCUGCUGGUCUGAGUCCCAUGGAAUGCGGACUGCCCAGUUCCUCUGGCGCAUCAAUCCAAGCCCAGGUUUUGUCGACUCUCAUUGCAACACAGCCGCCACAGUAAGGACUUGUGAGUGAUGAUUGCCGGGCACGGCACCGUUGACAUCUUGGAGCCCUUGACUGCCCUGUCAUAAGCUUUCACAACCGCCAUUGGAUCUCUUAUCGCUUCCGAAAUGGCGCCGCCCGUGCUCCCGAAUCCGUCCAAUUUCUUGGCCGUAGCGCUGGUCAUCAACAGGUCUCGUGAUGGUCCCAACUUCGUCUUCCAUUAUCCACCCACUGUCUUGCCGCCCAACGCGCAGUCCAAAAGUCACGAGCCAGCCGAUGGCUCGGCCGAGUAUGAUGAUAUCUUACUGGAGCGUCUUAACGCGCCCGGCUCAGCAUCCCUCGACUCCGAUGCUAACGCCGACGAGCUUCAACAAUGGACUGCCGGAGAUGAUCACUUAAUCACCGAAGAUGGUACGCAAAUCGUCCCAUGGGAGCAUGUGGCUGGGUUUCCCACCAAAGAUCUCGCUAGCAUUCUGACGCCAGGGAGAGCGUAUCACAAGAAGCUCUUCCAACUCUCUCUGGACCCUUUAUUCUGUGUUUCCUAUCCCAUCCACGUCCCCGAGAGUGGGACGUGGAAGAAGAAAAAGAAGAACAAGAAGGCCAAGUCAGAGAGAUCCAAGUCUGUCCGUACGGAGGAAUCAGCGGUAUUUGUCGACUUCGACCCAAAUGAGGAUAACGAAGAUGCCCCCAAUGGCGCCGAGGCGUCGCAAAAUGAUGCCAAGGAGGAAGAACAACCCCAGCAAGACGAGCCUGACGACAAGCGGGCGUCUAUGACUAUGUUCAAUCUGGUGUUCUUUCUGAACCCGAAGAAACAUGAGGCCAAAGAACUCAUCGAGACACUCUAUCUCAACAUCAUUAAGAAGAUCAACAAGGCAUUUAAAUACUGCCAGCAGCGAAGUGAAUUCGUGUGGAAAGAGUCGAAACGUAUCUCAGCCCUGAAGGACAAGGGACGAGAAGAUAGGCGUAAAAUGAGUCUGCUAUGGGACGAGAUUCUACAAACAUCAUCUCUCGCAGCUGCUGUCCAAGACAUCUACGAGGCCGUCUCCCAGAACAAGAUUGCGGCCCUUCAGCUCGACACAGCACUGGGCCCAGUCACGCCUUCUGUGCAGAUUCCCGUGCCGUUUUACGUCACGGACUUGCACAACUAUGGACAGACAGAACAGAGAGGCCUCUGGCUAACGACUGCCAAUUCAUUCAUCGGCGAAGAUACCCUAGACGAACCCGGUUUCUUGGACCGCAACUUUGCCCUCUUGCUGAUGGGCGACGAGAAGAAGAUCAUUGCCGAAUUACAGGCAGAUUUGGAUCCGAGUACUGUAGCCAUGGUCGAGUUCGCCCGACUGUCGAAGCCAACGCAAUCUUUCUAUCAAGUAGGCCAGAGCAACGUCUUGACUUUGAGCCAGGUGCGUAAGUACGCGCAACACUUCAUAUUCUGGCGGCGUGCUAUCGCAAUCCCACCCCUCCAUGCCCGUGACACAUACAUUAUGUCGCCGAACUGCGACACCCGCAACCUCUCCAGGGCAAGCCUCGAGUGGCAAAAGACGUUCCCCCUCGCACCGCCGCUCACCAACUUCCUCGCCGAGUUAUCGUACGCGCCGAGGUCAUAUAAACACUACUGCCCGAGUAAAGCUCAUCGGCCCACGUACCUCGCUAUGCUCGCGUGGCUCAUGCGUGGUGCAUGGGUGACUCAACUGUGCACAUUCGCUUACGUUGUUGUCUGGCCCGAGAUAAUCUACGAAGUCGAGCACAAGCUAGAAAGCGAUGAAUUGCGCAAGGCCGAGGAUACUUCCUCCCUCAGUACCAGCAACCCACUGAGUAGCUCAGCAAUCGAUGCGGCAGACGGGAAGUCUGAGGCAGGGAGCAGCAGUGGCGGCAGUGGAAGUGGCGGUUUCGGCAGCGGUAUCGCGGCCUACAUCCCGUCGCACAUUGAGCAAACGGCAGAAAAGGCACGCCUAGAACGUAUAGCAGAGAAGACGCAGCGAGAGGCGGCCGAAAAGGCCACGGCGCACGCGCGCAAGUUACCGCCCAUGGCGACGGAUCACCCCUCAACCAACGAGGCGCCGCAUCUGGCGCGAAUGCCCCCCUACAUCAUCGUAGAUGCCAAGAAGGCGACGGGCAAGGAGUCCCUCUACCUCGCGGCCAUCGGCAAGCGAUUCAAGGAUCCCAAGGUCGCCAAGGCGUGGCAGGCCAUGUGGAAGUAUUUCAACGGGCAAACAGCACUGGAGAGGAUCGCGUUGCAGGAAGACAUGAAGCGUAAGGAGGCAUGGAACCUGCUGACGGCGAUGAGCGAGCAUUUGCUGUGUGUGAGGCACUGGUAGGCGUGUGGUCACUUGCACGUCAUCACAUGUAACGAAGAACGAAGAGGUUUCGAGGGACAACUCACGAUACGCUGACUGAGAGUCUCGGACAUGGGGAGAGCAUGAGAAAAGCAUGGAUAGAGAGAUGAAUCGCGGCACUGUGCUAGUCUGGUCACGUAGAAGAAUAUACGGCAGGCCAGCCGUUCAUACGUCGUGGAAAGAAAGGGAGGGUAUCAUUGUAUGUGUGCGGGAAAAUGAGGCAGCAAGCAGGUGGAAGCUACUUUCCCCUGACAUGCCAAACGCCAAAUGGACACGCGAAAUCUGGAAGAUAAAUCACGCCAGGGUACAACCAACCAACAAAACCGAAGGCAUCCCAAGCAGAUGUGUUGAACCUGAGACUGCGUGUAAGCAUUGAGAGAAGAGAUUUGUAGGAAUAAUUCCAGGACAGGGAGUAAGAACAAUUGUGGGGGAAAGAUUGCCUGAAAGAUAUUGAACCCGCGAACCAUCCCCAAUGCCCGCCCGCCUUGCGAAUUAGAGAUGACCUUAGAAGAAAAGAAAAGAAAAGAAAAGACCAUGUGCAAUGCCCAUCCGAACCCAGAGGUAUCACGUCUCCCAGUAGAUGAUGAUGAUGCUUGUAAACCCAGAAAACAGAAACGAAAAUUGAAACCUUAAAAACCCAAAACAAAACCCCGAGCCGGCUCGACCAAACCACAUCUCAUUCCUCCACGUUGUGCUUCACUGGCUGUUGGUAAGCCUUUGGCCGCCCAUAUCACUGGAAAAAGAGACCUCUCAACGCCGUCGCCCACCGAAAUCCUUAACCGCUCCAACGCGCUUGGAUGCAACAAAGAUACCAUGGCUGCGCGAAUGCAUAAAAAGAGCGGGAACUUGAAAGGAGAAGAUGACCACAGUAGGAUCAGAAUGAAGAAGACGGGGAAAUCGUCAUGGGUUCUAACAGUCCGUCCUACUGUGUCAGGUCCAUGCCGAACUCGUCUUCCUCCUUGAAGUUCAGCGAGGUCGGACCACUGUCGUCAUCAUCCGGAUCGUUCCAAAAUUCGCUGCCGGCGUUAAGAUCGUUGGCGAGACCGGUGCCGUUGGUAGCGCCAGGGCUGACAGAAGUGCCGUCACCAACAUUGCCCGAGCCAUUCAUAGGCUCGCCGCGGAAGUCGGUGUGAUGGGGUACCCGAAGACCAGACCCGGUCGUGCGAGAGUAUCCUGGGACUUCGUUCUUGGAGAUGGCUUCCAUCAACUCGGUUUGCAUACGCUUCUCAUCCUCAGUGAGCUCAAACGGAAAAUGGCCGCCGAGUUCCGCAAUGGCGUUCAUCAACUCCUCCUGCUGCUGCAACUUCAGAUGCAACAUCCACAUCAGAUCUCUCGUCCAGCUGACUGCGCCAUUCAAAAUGUCUCCCUUGUUGGGGCCCUUGUCCUUGUCCUCGAGGGGGAGGCCGGUCGUGAUAUUGCCUGUUGCGCCAGCUGCGCGGCGUGCGCCGGGACCAGCAAGGCCCGAAGUGGCCUGAGAGGGGUUGGAAAUGCCGGACAACGUAGGCGAGAGCGGGGUGCCGUUCUGGAUCAUCUUGCGGAUCUUCUCAUCCUCCAAACGGUGGGCGGGAACUAGUCUGCUGAGAUCUUGGAUUCUCUCGUUGAUGUUGUCUCUGCGGCGUCGCUCGACAAGGUUGUGUGAUUCCCGACGCCGCUUGCGCUUCAUCUCUUGAGAGGAAACCGCACCACCGGGCUGAGCCCCCAGCUUUGCGGGCAUCGACGUGCCACCCUUCAUCAUGACCUCGUUGAGCUGAGCGAGGCCGGGUUGAAUAGGCGACGAGAAGCCAGAGCCAUAUGACGCCGCCAUGCUUCCCGAUGGGGUCUGCAUCCACUGACCUCCUGAUGGUGAUUUCUCAUGCAUGCCUUGGGCCCGGAUGGAUUGAGGACCGAAGCCAGUUGACUCCUGGGUCGCCAUGGGUACCGAGUGCAUUGCUGACUUAGGAGUCAUGGGGCUGCGAGUGUUGGAAGAUGAGCUCUUCCGUUGCAUAGCUUGUGCCAUUCUGGCUCUGUUCUUAGCGUUGAGGUAGUUGGUCUCGGCAGCAUCACCAGUGAGGUCCGAUCCAGCCAAGGGCGAGCCCGAGUAGGAGAUGGGAGACUGAAGCGACGUGCCGAGGGCCUGACGGUGGUGCAUCUGGGCGAAUCCCGAGUUGUUGAAGCUGUGCACGAAAGGGCUUUGAAUGGGGUCACCAUCGGGGGUGUUGGAGUAGCCGUUGAUGUGGUUUUGGUCUAGACCAUGAUGAGAGCCGUAUAUGGGUUGAUUGAAGCCCAUAUCCAUGUUUGACAUUCCGCCACCAAAGUCCUGGCCGUGGCCAUGUAGCGGCUGUUCGGUCGGACUUCCGAGGCCGUCGAGUAGCUCAUCGUCUCCGAAGAGGGCAGAGCCGCUCGAAAAUCCAUUCGUGUUUCCCGAGUUGGAGUUGUAGUUGUUGGAGUAGGAUGAUCCAUAGUUUCCGCCCAUGGCCAAGUCGUUGGGAUCGAUGCUGCCGCCACCACCUCCACCGUGGCCACCGUUGAACUGGCCGAAGCCGUGCUGUGCCAUUGUGUGUACUGUUGACACGACGUUGAUUUGAAUCCGCCUUUAGGAUAUGCUGGAUCGGCGAUGAUGCGAGGUCUCGCUGACCUUGUAGUGCUCACACCGCCUCUUUCGUCAAGAAGUGCAGUGACAGGCUGCGCUGUGAUGCUGGAAUGAUUGGAGAAUGUUUGACUCGGAGAGGUUAGAGCUGUAGUGAGUCGACUCGUCAGCGUUGCGACCGAAUAUGAUAAUGAGGUUGCGCAAAUCAAAGGUGCUCCGAGGUUCGCUGCGCGCAGGUUUGCUUUCCUGUCGGACAGGCACGAACCGGGGACUGUAUAUGCGGAUAUUCUCCGCACAGGCGCAGGCAGUUUUGAACGCCACCUAGGCAAAAUAGGCAGGGAGAGCGAGCGGGAGAGGAAUGCAAGUAUGGGGAGGAGGGCGCGACCAAGGCAGGACUGACUCACCGAGCAAAAGGGAAAAUGCCGGG